GCGCUGUCCACCUUAUCUUCUCCGUUGUGCCUCUUUGCUGGCUAAAAAAACCCUAAGAUUCCGUGUACCUCUCUCGCAUGUAUUAGUUGAAUGGCUUCUCCCGAGAUCGAAGUCGACUCAGACUCCAAAACUCCGAAAAACGAAGCCCACAUCUUCGACGUUUUCUCCGCUUGUGCCUACGGAGAUUUCCCAAAACUGCGGAAAUUUGUAGAAGAAAACUGCGCUUCUCUCUCAAAGCCUGAUGGAAAUGGGUACUAUGCUCUUCAUUGGGCUUCUCUCAAUAAUUUCCCCGAUAUCGUGCAGUACGUCAUCGAGCAUGGCGGUGAUGUGAAUGCGGUCGAUAAUUCGCAGCAGACGGCUUUGCAUUGGUCUGCGGUUCGGGGUGCGGUUUCGGUGGCGGACAUCCUUUUACAGAAUGGAGCUCGGGUGGAGGCGGCUGAUAUUAAUGGGUAUCGGGCAGUUCAUGUUGCUGCUCAAUAUGGACAAACAGCUUUCAUAAAUCACCUUGUUGCAAAGUACCAUGCAGAUUUUGAUGCACCGGAUAGAGAUGGGAGAAGUCCUCUUCAUUGGGCUGCCUAUAAAGGAUUUGCAGAUACGAUUCGAUUACUUCUUUUUAGAGAUGCAUGCCAAGGGAGAACGGAUAAAGAAGGUUGUACUCCUCUACACUGGGCGGCAUUAAGAGGAAAUGUGGAGGCAUGUGCGGUGCUUGUACAUGCGGGCACAAAGCAGGAACUAAUGGUGAAAGACAAUGCUGGAUUUACUCCUGUUGAGCUUGCAUCUGAUAAAGGUCAUCGGCAUGUUGCCUCUUUCCUUGUAUGUAACUUUGUACCGAUGUUUCCCUUUAUGGUCAAUUUUUUUAAUCUAAGAAUCAGGACUUAAAACCCAUGAUCUUCA